UCCCCCGUGUAAGAGUGAGGUGGAGGAGGACGUUCCAGGAGAUGUCACCACAGAAAAUCCCUAUAAGAAUUCUGAGGAAGGCGUCAUAUUAUCACUAAAUUAUAAUGUAGAAGAUGAAGACACCAUGCAGCGCUCUUCAGGAGAAAUCUUCAUUAAUGUACACCCAGGAGUUCACAGUACAGAUCUAUCCUAUAAUCCUCACAAGGAACCUUCUCCUGACCAAUCACAGAUUGUUACCACAAGUGCCAGGCAGAAAGGACGUGCAAGCUUUCAAUGUGAUAAACAGUUAACAAAAAGCUCAGAUCUUUCUGCACACAGAAGAAAUCACACAGGAGAGAAGCCAUACUCCUGUUCUGAAUGUAGGAAGUGCUUCACAGAGGAAUCAAGUCUUGUUAGGCACAGGAGACGUCACAUAGGAGAGAAGCCUUAUUCUUGUUCAGAAUGUGGGAAAUGUUUUACAAAAAAAUCAGAUAUUGUUAGACAUGAGAGAAGUCACACAGGAGAGAAGCCGUAUUCAUGUUCAGUAUGUGGGAAAUGUUUCAUUAGUAAAGCCAAACUUGGCUAUCAUGAGAGAAGUCACACGGGAGAGAAACCAUAUUCAUGUUCAGAAUGCACAAAGUGCUUUACAGUGAAAUCAAGUCUUGCUAAACAUCAGAAAAUUCACACAGGAGAUAAGCAGUAUUCAUGUUCAGAAUGUGGGAAAUGUUUUACUCAAAAAUCUGAUAUUGUUAGACAUAAGAGAAGUCACACAGGCGAAAAGCCAUAUUUAUGUUCAGAAUGUGGAAAAUAUUUUACAGAUAAAUCAAAUCUUAUUAAACAUCAGAGAAUGCACACAGGAGAGAACUUGUAUUCAUGUUCAGAAUGUGGAAAAUGUUAUAUUAGUAAAGCCAAACUUAGUUAUCAUCAGAGAAUUCACACAGGAGAAAAGCCAUAUUCCUGUGCAGAAUGCAGAAAGUGCUUUACUGAGAAAUCAAGUCUUGUUAAACAUCAGAAAAUUCAUACACGAGAUAAGCCGUAUUCAUGUUCAGAAUGUGGGAAAUGUUUUGCACAAAAAUCAGAUAUUGUUAGACAUGAGAGAAGUCACACAGGAGAGAAGCCGUAUUCAUGUUCAGAAUGUGGGAAAUGUUUUACAUAUAAAUCAUAUCUUGUUAAACAUCAGCAACUGCACAAAGAAGAGAAGCUGUAUUCAUGUUCAGAAUGUGGGAAAUGUUUUGUUACUAAAGCCAAACUUGAGGAGCAUCAUAGUAGUCACAUAGGAGAGAAGCCAUAUUCAUGUGCCGAAUGCAGAAAGUGCUUUUCAAAAAAAUCAAGUCUUGUUAAACAUCAGAAAAUUCACACAUGAGAGAAGCUGUAUUCUUGUUCAGAAUGUGAGAAAUGUUUUAUUACUAAAGCCAAACUUGAGGAGCAUCAUAGUAGUCACACAGGAGAAACGCCAUUUUGAUGUUCUAUUUAUGGAAAAUAAAGAUAUAAAACUCAUCGUCAGACAUAAUAAGGGUUCAUUUUGUUGUAGAAUUAGUCUGAAUCUGCCAAACGAUGAAAUUAUAUUUAUUAGACAAC